AUGAAGCGGUGUCGUGUGAAGGAGAUUGGAGCAAACUUCGUCAAGGCUAUGAAGGUUGGGCGGCACCACGCGCAGCUAUCCGAGCUGAAGAUUAUUGCGGCUGCUAAUAAUGUUGCAGGAUUCUCCCUACCAACUUCAAGGUUGUACCAGGGCGAGGGCGCUACGCGCCCUUGGCCAAUCGCCGAGCUCAAACCUAAGAUAUAG